AUGGCGAAGCUCGCCAUGACCACGACCAUGAAGACACUGACGUUGACGCUGCUAGCAGCCGCGACCCUUUUGGGCCGAGCUGAAGGCCUCAUAAGACUUUCUCUGGACGGUGACUCCUGGACGGCCUCCAACGGCAACGGCUCCAUCACAGUUCCUGCAAGUGUUCCUGGCGGCAUAUAUUCAGACCUCAGAGCUGCUGGAGUCUUACCUGAAGAUAUCUACUAUCGCUUCAAUGAUGCUGAGUAUCGCUGGGUGUCUUAUGAAAAUUGGACAUACUCGACAACAUUUCAAGUCAGUUCUGACAUCAAGAAUAAAAGGAACAUUACUCUACUUUUUAAUGGAGUGGACACAAUUGCUGACAUAUAUCUGAAUGAAAAUUACAUUAGUUCAACAGAAAACAUGUUUCUUCGAUACUUUUUCCCAGUAGAAGAUUAUAUACAGGAGGGAGAAAACAUUCUUGAAGUGAGAUUUCAGUCUGCAGUGAUAUCAGCCUUGGAACGUUUUAUGGCAGAAGAUUAUAUUGUACCACCUGAGUGUGUACCAGAUGAAUAUCAUGGAGAAUGCCAUGUAAAUUUUUUGCGUAAAAUGCAGUCAUCUUUCUCUUGGGAUUGGGGACCUGCUUUCCCAUCAGUCAGCAUAUGGAAAAAUGUAGAGCUGCUUGCUGCAAAUAAUGGUUACAUCAAGAAUUACUAUGUUUCUGUGCUGUUUAAUGAAACAAGCCAGGUGUAUGAGGUAACUCAGCAUGUGGAGAUUUCUCCUUAUGAUACUAUGUGUGAUCAGUUAACAUUAGGAAUAAAUACACUUCCAGGAGGAAAUAACAGAAAUCAAGCAAAGACGAUGAAAAUAACAUCAGACCAAUUGGUUGAUCCUCAGUUUGAAGCCACAUGGUAUUAUCCAGAGGAUGAGGUGAUGAAUUGGUGGCCCAAUGGCAUGGGUGAACAGUAUCAAUAUCGGACAUAUGCUGAAUGUAUGGAUGAGGAUGGAUUAUACACCAUAGAAAAAUAUAUUGGCUAUAGGAGAAUUAAUAUAGUUCAAGUACCUGUGGCAGAAGAUGCAGAGAAAGGUCUUAGUUUCUACUUAGAGGUCAAUGGUGUUCCAGUUUUUGCAAAGGGCAGUAACUGGAUACCAUCUCAUGUGCUUGCAGAAAUGAGUGCUGAUCCGAACAGGAUCAGAAAUCUACUAACUGCUGCCAAGAAUGCUAAUAUGAAUAUGCUACGCAUAUGGGGAGGAGGGUUGUAUGAAUCUGAUUUGUUCUAUCAGAUUGCUGAUGAAAUGGGAAUAAUGAUAUGGCAUGAUUUCAUGUUUGCCUGUAAUAUGUACCCAACAAACCCAAGGUUCCUGGAUAAUGUUGCAGCUGAAAUUACUGAGCAAAUUGUACGGCUAAUGCAUCACCCAAGCAUUGUUGUUUGGGCUGGCAACAAUGAAAAUGAAGGUGCACUCAGGGAUAACUGGUAUGGCACAGGGUCAAACUUUAGCCUUUACUACUCUGACUAUGUUAAACUAUAUGUUGAUACAAUUGGCGAAGUAGUACAAGCAUUAGACACAACCAGACCAUUUGUUUUCUCAAGUCCAUCCAAUGGCCUUAAAACCAUAGAAGAGGGAUAUGUUUCUCAGACACCAGGGGAUUCCUUGUAUGGUGAUGUUCACUAUUAUAAUUAUAAUGAUGAUGGCUGGAACUACACAACUUUCCCAACUCCUCGGUUUGCUUCUGAGUAUGGUUUCCAAUCAUUACCAUCAAUCUAUACAUUAUCUUCAAUAGCAAUACCUUCAGACCUAAGUGUUGGCAGUGAACUCAUGCAAAGAAGACAGCACCAUCUUAAUGGUUAUGAGGAAAUGGCUCAGCAAAUAAGCAGGCACCUUCCUCUUCCAGAUGACUAUGACACUGAAGAAAAUUUCCGAACUUUCAUUUACUUCAGCCAGAUUAACCAGGCAAUGUCGACAAAGGUGGAAACAGAGCACUACAGAAGGAAUCGUAAUAAGCUUACCGAUGCUGGAGAAGGAUAUACAAUGGGGGCAUUGUACUGGCAACUGAAUGACAUUUGGGAGGCUCCAUCAUGGUCUUCCAUAGAUUUUCAUGGCAACUGGAAGAUGCUUCAUUAUUAUGCAAAGAACUUUUUUGCUAAUGUUCUUGUGUCACCAUACAUCACUCCUGAAGGAGAGCUGGUAGUGAGUCUUAUCUCUGACCUGCCAUAUGAAAUGGAUACUGUUGUACUUAGCAUUUAUGUGUACCGCUGGGACAGCUUUGAGUUUGACAUAGCUAUUAUAGGAGCACAUAGACUGCCAGCUGCCACAGCAUAUGAUGCAUACAACGAAACACUGGAAAAUAUCCUGGAAGGUACAACAUGCGGUGCUGAUGGCGGUACAAAAGACGCGUGUCUAUUAUAUUUCACUUUAGAAGAUGACACAUUAACAAAAAAAAUCAGUCCAGAUAACUUUAUAUUUCUUAGUGAAAUAAAUUCAGCAAUUGGAAUCAGUGAUCCUUCAUUAAAUAUAACAUCUGUGACUGGCCCAUAUCAAGUGUCUGGCAGUGAUACUUACACAUAUAAUAUCACCGUUUCAUCCAAUGCUAUAGCUCCUUUUGUGUGGUUGGAAGCAGAAAAUAUCAAUGGGUUUUUCUCAGACAAUGGAUUUAUUAUUCUCCAACCAGUCACUGAACUUCAGUUUUACACAACUCAGGAGACAACAGCUGAAGAAUUGGAAAGUGCUCUUUCUGUCACAUCUGUCAUGAGCUCAUUUCAUUAAUCUCAUUGUAUCAUAUUAGUAAAUGUAAUUAUGUUUAAUAUAACAUCCA